AUGACCCCCCUGCUUCUGCUGUGUGUGCUCUUGCCUCUCAUCUCGGCAACGCCAUUUGAAGAACAUGACGACAUGGAUGGCACAUUGCGUGUCAGCAUCCCAAUGGAGGUGCCUCUCCGUCCUCUGAUGGGCGGGAAGGUAGUGGUGCCAUGCUACUUCCAGGACAACACCGUCAACGACCCCGGUGCCCCAACCGUCGCUCCACUCUCCCAUCGCAUCAAAUGGUCCUACGUCACCAAGGAGAAAGUCACUACGAUCCUGGUGGCAUCAGAGGGAAAAGUUAAUGUGGAGAUAGAGUAUUUAGACAGAGUGACAAUGGUCAACUACCCACUCGUGCCCACCGAUGCCACCCUGGAGAUUACAGAGCUGAGGUCCAAAGAUUCUGGCACCUACCGCUGCGAGGUGACGCAUGGCAUUGAGGAUAACUACGACUCCGUGGAGGUCCAGGUUCAGGGUAUUGUGUUCCACUACCGAGCCAUCUCCUCCCGCUACACCUUGACGUUUGAGAAGGCCAAGGCUGCUUGCAUCCAGAGCAGUGCCACCAUCGCCACCCCAGCCCAACUUCAGGCUGCCUACGAUGAUGGAUACCACCAGUGUGAUGCUGGAUGGCUGUCGGAUCAGACUGUCAGGUACCCCAUCCAUGAGCCACGUGAUCGUUGCUAUGGAGACAAGGAGACCUUCCCUGGCGUGAGAACCUAUGGCGUGAGAGACGUUAACGAGACUUACGACGUGUACUGUUUUGCUGAGAAAAUGUCAGGCAGAGUCUUCUACUCUAUGUCUGUAGAAAAGUUUACCUUCUACGAAGCCGGAGAUCAGUGUGCUAAACUCGGUGCUCGGCUCGCCACCACCGGAGAGCUUUACUUGGCCUGGAAGUCUGGCAUGGAUGUGUGUAACGCCGGCUGGCUGGCAGACAGGAGCGUACGUUACCCCAUCAACAUCGCCAGGCCUCAGUGUGGCGGAGGGCUUCUUGGAGUGAGAACCGUCUACCUGUUCCCCAACCAGACAGGAUAUCCCUACCCAGACACCCGCUACGACGCCAUCUGCUUCAGUGCUGGUGAGGAUGAGGGCGCAGUGCCUGGGAGGACCACCCCCUUCCCAGACAUCAUCCGCAUGACACCCGCCCCUGGGCUUUAUCCAGGCCUAACCCCCCGACCUGGAGGUGAGGAGAUCAAGCGUGGAGAAGUGGGCACCCUCUCCCCACUGCCCAUCCCACCCAGUGUGGUGGACACAUUCAUUAAAGUGUCUCCUGGACUGGAUCUCACAGAUGCUGCCAUGGGUCCUACAGGUGUGGUGUUCCACUACCGACCCAUUACAGGCCGGUACACACUGACCUUCCUGGAGGCUCACAAAGCCUGUCAGAGUAUCGGAGCAGUCGUCGCCAGCCCCCAGCAGCUGCAGGCAGCAUUUGAGAAAGGUCUGCACCAAUGUGAUGCUGGCUGGCUCCGCGACCAGACUGUCAGGUAUCCCAUCGUGUCACCCAGAGAUAACUGUGCUGGUAAUCUGCCACAAAUUCCAGGGGUCAGAUCCUACGGCUUGAGGCCAGCGAACGAAGUCUAUGAUGUGUUUUGUUACGUAGAACGUCUGGAAGGUGAGGUCUUCUUCACCAGUGACUAUGACAGCUUCUCCUAUGAGGAGGCUGUGCAGCACUGCCAGAAACUCAACACCACCCUUGCCACCCCCGGGCAUCUGUACGCCGCCUGGAACCAAGGAUUUGACAAGUGCCGUCCAGGCUGGCUGAUGGACCGCAGUGUCCGCUACCCCAUCACAAUCCCCAGGGCCCACUGUGGUGGUGGCCAGGUGGGGGUCAACAUCAUCUACGCCUACCCCAACCAAACCGGCUUCCCCGAUGAGCACUCACGCUACGAUGCCUAUUGUUUCAGAGCUGAACUCCCCAUCACCCAUGUCGAAAAUGAAACCAGUAUGAACUUCACGAUGGUGGUGGUGGAUGUUAUCAACAAGACAACAGUCACAUACUCAAUGUUUCCCCCAGUGACACCGAUUUUACCUCCAGUCCAUGUUGAUGCAUCAGGCUCUGGUUCAGCUGAUCAUUCAGCCAGCGGGGAAAUCUCAGGGGAGUCCAGCACCUCAGGCACAAGCGGUGACGCCUCUGGCUCAGGACGGGAAGUCGUCUUCAGCGGUCGCACUGACAUCUACUCUGGAGAACAGUCUGCCUCUGGACGUCCACAGGAGGCAGAAGGUGGUAGUGCCGUCACCUUCACAUCUGGAGAACCCGGUAGUGCAUCUGGCUCUGGAUCUGGCUCUGGAUUUGACAGACAACACUCAGGCUUUGAUCAAUCAGGAUCAGGUUUUACCAGUGCUAGUGGUGAUAUUAGUGGUAGUGGUGGAGAGUCAUUGAUCACCAUAGUGGAUGAGAAGAUGGAGGAGGUGUUAACCCAGCAAACAUUUACUGAACAGGAGUUAGGCAGUGGAGGCUUCCUGACAUCAGGUAUGUCCGGAUCAGGAAUUAUGUCCGGAUCAGGAAGUAUGUCCGGAUCAGGAAGUAUGUCCGGAUCAGGAAGUAUGUCCGGAUCAGGAAGUAUGUCUGGAUCAGGAAGUAUGUCUGGGUCAGGCACCAGUGGAUUCUCUGGCAUCUCAUUCAUCGAUCACAGUGGUGUUGACCUUACAGUCCAGUCAUCUGAGCAGGAGGCGUAUCGUCCCUCUGGAUCAGGGUUCCCCAGUGGAUUUCCAAGUGGUUUUCCAUCUGGUGCAUCAGGCAGCGGCUCUGCCUCUGGAGACUCUUCCCAGCAUCGUGGUGAUGUAAUCUACUUAACAGAUGAUGGUAUGAUGGAGGUAACCAUGCAGCCACCAACACAUGGUCCCGAGCAGGGCCGGGGGGUAGUAGAGAUUAGCGGGCAAGGGAGUGGCUUACAUGUCUCAGGCAGUGGAGCCCAUCAUGAAGAACCAUCCACUGAGGAGCUUUCCAUAGCCCUACAGCCUGAAUCCACGAUGACUUAUCCAGAGUACGUUGCUAAUCUUGCUCAAUCAGGACAUCAAGAGGAGGAACAGGAAGGCCGUGCAGGACCAACAGUUUAUGUUGUGACUCCGGAUGCAGCCACCAGCAGCCCAACCACAGCACCAUCAGUGUCAUUUUCAACCCCUGCUGUUUUGGAGGAACCUGAAGCAGUAGAAGACCCCUGUGAUCCAAAUCCCUGUGGUUCAGGAUCCUGCUCUGUGCAGGGAGAGCUUGCUGUGUGUCAGUGUCCUAAUGGCUUCUCUGGUGAAGACUGCUCAACACCUGUACAGGGCUGUGCAGAGGGCUGGUUGGAGUUCAAGGGAAGCUGUUACCUCCACUUUGCAGAACGACACACCUGGUCUGAGGCUGAGCAGCGCUGCCAGGAGCUAAACGCUCACCUGGUCAGCGUCAGCUCCCAGGAGGAGCAGCAGUUUGUCAACUCCAAUGGUCAGGACUACCAGUGGAUAGGACUCAAUGACAAAGAUGUUCAGAAUGAGUUCCGCUGGACAGACGGCACUCCUCUGACAUUUGUGAACUGGAGGCCCAACCAACCAGAUAACUACUUUGACUCGGGGGAGGAUUGUGUGGUGAUGAUCUGGCACGAGGGCGGUCAGUGGAACGACGUGCCCUGCAACUAUCACCUUCCCUUCAUCUGCAAGACUGGACCUGUCACAUGUGGGGCUCCCCCUGAGGUGGAGCACAGCCGGCCGAUGGGCGGCAGUAGAGAGCACUACCCCGUCAACUCUAUAGUCCGCUACCAGUGUGACCCAGGCUACACACAGCGCCACCUGCCUGUUAUACGCUGUAUGGCAAAUGGACAGUGGGAAGAGCCACAAGUGGAAUGUAUAGAGGGUGAGUCCGCCGCCAACAGUAACCGGCUACACAAAAGAUCCCUACGGCGCAGAAGUAAAGGGGUCCGCAGCCAACAGGAACAGAGGAAGCUGCUCUGAGCAGGACUGAAAGGACAUACAACAGAGAGUCAUAAAGGACCCCUUUUAUAAGAAAGCAUGA